UCCUCACCUCUCGACGCAGCAACAACCUUCUGCAGCAACAUCAACUACCACCGAAGCUUGCAAAUUCCUGCUUCCCUCUCCCACGAAAGACUACGCGUGACUUAUGCCACCACCACGAAUUUCGAAGACGAAACACUACCGGUGGUGUUAUUCUGCCACCCCAUGGGCGCAGCCAGAUACUUGAUUUUUGGAUUCGAAGAACUUGCAACAAAGGAAGGUGUUAGGGUUGUGAUUAUCGAUCGACCAGGAUUUGGCGGUACCACUGCUGUUGCCUUGGACAAAAGAGUGCAGACGUGGUUGGAGAUUGUUCCGGCUGUGUUGAAGGUAUUGAGGGUCAAGCGUGUGGCGUUGAUGUCGCAUUCGGCGGGUACGAUAUAUGCGUUCAACACUGCUGUGAGACUGCCGCACUUGAUGUAUCCUGGAGGAAAAGCUUUUAUGGGAUGUUUGGCUCCAUGGGUCCACCCUACACACUCCUCAGCACCCUUGUCGCAAGUCAUCGACAAACUACCUGCAUCUUGGGUCGGCAACUUACACCGCAUCCAAUCAUUCGUAAACAGUUACAUCGCUCCUUCUCUAGCUUUUUCUUCUGCGAAACUGGGAGUGAAGCCAUCGCUCACAGAGCAAGAAAGCCAGAGGAGCCAUGGCAUGGAAGCAAAAACUUGGGACGAGGUGGGCAAGUUGCAGCAAAAGUGGCGGGGGAUGGAGGAUAUGAGUGGUGUUUCGGCAGAUGCAACACUGUGCAUGCAACGCGAAGGCAAAUACUGGGGUGUUUAUGCCUCUUUGCCAUCGUGCAUUGAUCUCUUACGCUCAACCUAUACACCUCAAGAUAGCGAUGCAUCAUUCGCAUCAACUCUGACAUUACGGGUUUACUUUGCGGAAAGCGAUGCGCUGAUUGGAAGAGGUGGACAAAAGUACUUUGAGCAAUGCUGGAAAGAGGGGAAUGGUGAUGCAGAGGGAAGAGUCAGGUUUGAGGCUAGUGUUGUGCAGGGGGCUGAUCAUGAUAGUAUUGUUUUGGCGGAGAAGGGGGUGCUUGGGGAUGUCUUUAGGGAAGUGAAG